AUGGCCGCCAUGCUCGAGUUCCGCACCCAGGGCUUCAACCCCUAUGCGGUGAAGUACUCGCCCUAUUACGACUCGCGCAUCGCUGUCGCCUCGGCCGCCAACUUUGGCAUCGUCGGCAACGGUCGGCUUUACGCGCUCGGCCUCACGGCGCAAGGCGUCCAGGUUGAAAAGGCAUUCGAUACAAACGACUCCCUCUACGACCUCGCCUGGUCCGAAAUCAACGAGAACCAGCUCAUCGUCGCGUGUGGUGAUGGCUCGCUCAAGCUUUUCGACCUCGGUGUCGACGACUUCCCUGUCAUGAACUUUCACGAGCAUAAGCGCGAGGCUUUUUCCGUCUGCUGGAACCCCGUCACCAAGGAUACGUUUGUCUCCAGCUCCUGGGACGGCACCGUCAAAAUUUGGUCGCCGACGCGCAACUUCUCCAUCAAGACGCUGCCCAUCGGCAACUGCACCUACAGCACCUCCUUCUGCCCCUCCAACCCGGCCCUCGUCUCCGCCGUCUCCUCCGACUCGCACCUGCGGCUCUUCGACCUGCGCACGCCCUCCUCCGCCAAGUACCACCUCGUCGCCGCUAUCCCCGUGCACGCGCCCCCGCCCGGCGGCGGUCCCGUCGGCGCCGGCGCCGCGCCCUCGGAGCUGCUGACCCACGACUGGAACAAGUACAACGACACCGUCGUCGCCGUGGCCGGCGUGGACCGCGUGAUCCGCACGUUUGACGUGCGCAGCCCGGACGCGGGGCCGCAGGCGGUCAUGCAGGGCCACGAGUACGCGGUGCGCAGGGUGGCAUGGAGCCCGCACGCGAGCGACGUCCUGGUCAGUGCGAGUUAUGACAUGACGGUGCGCCUGUGGAACGACGGCGGCGGCGGCCCGGUGGCGCCCGCGCCCGGCGCGCGGGUAGGCCGCCAGAUGGGCAUCAUGAAUAGGCACACGGAGUUCGUCACAGGCGUCGACUGGUGCCUGUUCGGUGUGGGCGGCUGGGUCGCCUCGGUCGGCUGGGACGAGAGGGUGCUGCUGUGGGACGCCAACAUGCUCAUGGGGCAUAGAUGA